AUGGUUGACUGGCAUGUCAAGUUUGUCAGGAUAGGAGUUCCCAGUCUUUUCGAGGCAAGUCCUGCUGGGAAUUUGGGGCGUACCAACGGAGAGCAGGAGGGUCUGAACGCGCAACUCGUGAAUGAGGAGAGUGGGAUUCUGGGACGGGGACGGAGUGUGGCACAGCUGUUCCAGAUCAUCAAGGCCCUGGUGAAGAACCACUACCAGGCAGCAGAGCGAGUCUUUGAGGAGCUGGAUGAGAAGAACACCAAACGCCUCAGUCAAGAGACCUUCUACCAGCUUCUAAAGAGGAACAUUCUAUUUGACAUCCACCCCGAAGUGAGCCGGGGGGAGAUCCUACAUCUUUGGGUCACUUUGAUUACCAACCAGGACAGGACGCUGGAUUUCUUGCAGCUUGCGCGCCACUUUGGCUACUCUUCCAAGUCCUCAUGCUUUCCCAACGCCAAGCGCAGCCCCCCGAAGAAAGGGGAUGAGAAUCUCCGGCAGUGCUCCAGAAAGCUCCACUGUGUGUCUGAAAUACUUGCAGACGGCAUGCGUGCCAAGGUGGAACUGUCAUUGGAUGAGUUGCGGGGGGAGUUUGAGGAGAUGGAUCCUUAUAGGAUGGGCGUUGUGAGCCAGGAGGAGUUGCAGGAAGUGCUGAAAGGUCUGUGUGUGCACCUCGAUGCCUACGAGUGGGAGAUGCUGGCUCGAAAGUUUGACAUCAACGGGGAUGGAAGGGUUUCCUUUGUUGAGUUUCUGAGGCCCUUUGGGAAACGGAAACAGCCAUGGAGGCAUGGAUCCAACAUGGCCGCAAUACUGCAGUCCCAUAACGAAACAGAGGAUCUGUCUGCAGAGAAAGGCUCUUCCUUGUGUGACCAAGUACCACUGAGCUCAAGACUAAGGAAGAAGCUCCAGCGGCAGGGCAAGAUGCUGCGUCGGGCCUUCUGCAGGCUGGACAGCUCCGCAAGCGGCUACCUCUCCCCAGGGGAGUUCCGAGCGGCUCUACGGCUGUGUGACGUACCCUUGGACCCGGAGGAGUUCUACCACAUCUUGGCCAUGCUGGACCGAGACCUGGCCGGCCUGGUAGCCUAUCGCCGGCUGAUCCAGGACAUAGGCAAGAGAAGAACCCCUGGGACUAGAGUAAAGUAAAGAGUCAUCAUCAUCCCUCACCUAGCGGGCAAAGUCUGGCAUGGGACGUCAU